AUGGGAGGCAAAAUCUCAACGCCGCCGCCGAACCCCCAAAACGGCCACGUUCUGCUCCUCCCAUACCCUGGCCAGGGCCACGUCAACCCCAUGAUCCACUUCGGCCGCCGCCUCAUCUCCCGCGGCCUCCGCGCCACCCUCCUCACCUCCGUCUUCAUCUCCCAAUCCAUGAACCUCGCCUCCCCCGUCGGCGGGGUCCACCUCGACGCCAUCUCCGACGGCUUCGACGGCGGCGGCUUCUCCCAGGCCGCCUCCAUCGACGACUACCUCCACCGCCUCAAGGAAGCCGGCUCGUCCACCCUCUCCGACCUCAUCACCAAGUACGAAGCGACGCCGCACCCCGUCACGGCCUUGGUCUACGAGCCGUUUUUGCCCUGGGCGCUGGACGUGGCCAAAGACCACGGGCUGUACGCGGCGUCGUUUUUCACGCAGCCGUGCGCCGUGGACUUCAUCUACUACAACAUCCGCCACGGGUUGCUGAAGCUGCCCGUGGAAACGUGGCCGGUUCGGGUUCCUGGGUGGGCCGUGGAGUUGGAGCCCCGGGACGUGCCUUCUUUCGUUAAUGCUCCCGAGGCCUACCCGGCUUACUUCGCGAUGGUGGUCGACCAGUUCUCCAAUACGGACAAAGCGGAUUAUGUCCUGAUUAACACGUAUUACGAGCUUGAAAAGGAGGCACUGGACACAAUGUCAAAGGUUUGCCCGAUCCUAGCAAUCGGCCCGACGGUCCCGUCCAUCUACCUCGACAACCGAAUCCCCAACGACGACGAAUACGGCGUCGACCUCUUCACCCUCCAACGCUCCACCGCCACCGCGUGGGCCGCCGCCAAGCCGCCGAACUCAAUCAUCUACGUGGCAUUCGGCAGCAUGGUCAACUUCCCGCCCGCCCAAAUGACCGAGCUGGCCUCGGGCCUCAAGCGAACCAACCACCCUUUCAUCUGGGUGAUACGCGACACCGAGCUCGCCAAGCUGCCCCACAAUUUCGUCGACGACCUGGGCGACAAUGCGCUGGUCGUCAACUGGGCCCCACAGGUGGAGAUCCUGGCGAGCGGGAAGGUGGGGUGUUUCUUCACGCACUGCGGGUGGAACUCGACGAUCGAGGCGCUGAGCCUGGGGAUCCCCAUGGUGGCUUUUCCGCAGUGGACGGACCAGCCGCCGAACGCGAAGCUCGUGGAGGACGUGUGGAGGGUCGGGGUUAGGGUUAGGGUUGAGGAGGAUGGGAUGGUGCGAGGGGCAGAGCUGGAGAGGUGUUUAAAGGAGGUGAUGGAAGGUGAGAGCGGGAGGGAGAUGAAGAGGAGUGCGGAGAAGUGGAGGGAGUUGGCUGUUCUGGCGGUUAGUGAGGGUGGGUCUUCUAAUCGGAGUCUUGAUGAGUUUGUGGCCAGAGUUAAGUCGGUUUCGACUAGCUAG